GUCAAUGUAAUUGAUUCCAUCUUCUUAUGUACUUUUCAUUCUUUAUCAGUGAAAGCAUUCUUUGAUUUUAUUUUACGCCUAUCGUUACGAAAUACAGUGAUACGACAUGGAUAUCAAAUCUUCCCCGGUAAUGAUAAUGCUGGAUAUUAUGGUUCGUAUCAUGAAUAUGGUUCGAUACUUGUUGUUGCAAGAUGAAACUGAAGCUGGAUAUAUGGACUAUUGGAAACCGAUCUUCAAGAUAUUGUUCCGAGACAUCUGUGUCAACAUGAAGAGCGGUGAAACUGCCUGUUGGGCUCCAAAAUUCGAUCGACAGAUAAACGAACAUGAACAUGGAACUACCAGCAAAUGGAGAUAUAAUGACAAAUACGCUCUUCAUCAUUCUUCUGCCAAGAAAUGUAUUGGCGCAGCUUUGCACCCUUUCACCGCAUUAUCAUUGUUUUUGAUUGACCAAGAAACGUGCCUGUUGGAAAGUCAAGGUUGGAAAGAUUCCACGAUGGUCAGAUUGUUCGAAAUCUUGCAACAAAUCUUAGUAAAAUCAUUGGAUCGAGAAACUCAAUUGUUGGAUGCAGUCAAAUCAAUUUGCGAUGCCAACAUCAAAGUUUAUCAAGAAAUAUUGAAUACCAGCGAGCGACUAGCCUACUCAUCUGCGAUCGAUCAGCAUGCGCAACAAGGGAUUGAAAAAUGCGAUCAGUAA